GUGCUGGCGGCCCUGCAGGCGCAGCUGUCCGCCGCGGCCGGCGAGCCCGGCGGCGGCGACGCGGCGGCGGGCAUGCCGUUCCCCGUGUGGCCGCCCGGCCUCGCGGCGGCGGGCGGGGCGGACGCAGCGCACCUGGCGGCGCUCGGGCUGCAGCCGCUGGCCGGCGGCGCGGACGCGCAGCUGCUGGCUGCGGCGGCCAGCGCGGCACCGGAUGCCGCUGCACAGCAGCAGCUGGAUCAGCAUCAGCACCACCAGCAGCAGGAGCAGCAGCAACAACAGGAGGAGGAGCAGCAGCAGCAGCGGGAAAAGGAGCCCGAAGGGCAGCAGGGGCAGGCAGGGGUCGGCGGCGAGGGGCAUGGAGGGGCGGCCGCCAGCGGGGCCGGCGGGCGGGCGGGCGAUGACGCGAGGGGCAGCGGCGGUUCAGGCAGCAGUGACGCGUCAUAG